UCGGGUUCAUGCCGGGGCGUUCGACUACAGAAGCCAUUCAUAUUGUGAGGAGGUUGGUGGAGCAGUAUAGGGAUAAGAAGACUGACUUGCACAUGGUGUUUGUUGACCUUGAGAAGGCUUACGACAAAGUCCCAAGAGAGGUGCUGUGGAGAUGUCUGGAAGCUAGAGGUGUUCCUGUAGCAUACAUUAGAGCGAUUAAGGACAUGUAUGAUGGAGCCAAGACCCGGGUGAGGACGGUUGGAGGUGACUCAGAACACUUUCCAGUCACGAUGGGCCUGCACCAGGGGUUCGCGCUUAGCCCAUUUCUGUUUGAUGUGGCAAUGGACGGUCUGACAAGCCACAUUCAAGGAGAGGUAUCGUGGUGCAUGUUGUUUGCAGAUAACAUUGUGCUUAUUGACGAGUCGCGGAGCGGUGUUAACGCGAGACUGGAGGUUUGGCGACAGACUCUGGAAUCGAAGGGUUUCAAGUUGAGCAGGACUAAGACAGAGUACUUAGAGUGCAAGUUCAGUGAUGUGAGUCAGGUAGAGGACGAAGACGUGCGCACUGGAUACCCAGGUCAUCCCAAAGAAAGAAACUUUCAAGUACCUGGGGUUGAUCAUCCAAGGGACUGGCGAGAUUGACGACGAUGUCACACAUCGUAUUGGAGCGGGA